AUGGGUGACUCAAUCUGUGAGAUGACCACUAAAUUUGCCAAGCUGGAGAAGUUCGAAAGUGUCGACUUCAGGCGUUGGAAGAAUAAGAUGCACUUCAUGCUGACUACUCUGAAAGAAACAUACAUGUUGACUACUCUAAGACCAACGGAGUCUGAUGAAGGUGUUGUUGAGACAAUUGAAGAUAUAAGAAGGAGGCAAAAGUGGGACAAUGAUGACUACAUCUGCAAAGGUCACAUUCUGAACGGUAUGUCUGAUGCUUUAUUUGAUAUGUAUAGUGAAACCUUGUGUGCCAAGGAAUUGUGGGACACCCUUGAAUUGAAAUAUAUCACCGAGGAUGCUUCUAGCAAGAAUUUUCUGGUCAGUGACUUUAACAAUUAUAAGAUGGACGAUGAAAGUUCUGUUACUGAACAAUACAAUGAACUCCUUGGCAUAUACGGUCAGUUUAAACUGCACCGUAUGAAUAUGGAUGAAUCCAUUAUUGUGUCAACCAUCAUUGACAAACUACCUCCAUCCUGUAAAGACUUCAAACACAACUUGAAACAUCAAAAAGAUGAAUUGUCUUUGGUUCAACUUGCUAGUCACAUUCGUAUUGAAGAAUCUCUCUGUGCGAAGGAAAGUGACAAAUCUGAAAAAUCCAAAGGAAAAGUUGAAUCUGGAUAG